AGGAAUUAAAUAACGCAAUUUUCUUGACAUUAAACUUUAUAGUGAUCAAAGUGAAAAGAGCAGCGGUUGUAAAAUAUGAUGAUAGAUUAACAUUAAGUACAACUUUUAACACAAAAAAAUCAACAUCAUCAAAGGAUAUAAAACCCAGUCUAUUUAAAAAAUGUAUCGAAGGCUUAUAUUGUUUUUUCCAUGCUUAUUUUUAUUGCAUUAUGUGGCACCAGAAGAGAACACUGUGUAUGAAUAUGGACCGGAUAAUUUUAAGCAACAAAUAGAGCAAAUGGACGGGAACUUUAUUAUGUUUUAUGCCCCAUGGUGUCGUCAUUGCACAGAUUUUCAUCCGAUUUGGUCAGAAUUAGGAGAGCUCGUUAAUGCAAAUUCAAAAUUCGCAAUCGCUCAAGUAGACUGUACAAUUCAUUCAAAAUUGUGCCAUGAAAAUGAUAUUACGGGAUAUCCAACACUAUUGUAUUUCCACAAGAACUCAUUUUCGCCUGUAGAAUACAAAGGCACCAGAGAUCUACCUUCCUUGACUCUAUUCCUGAGUGAAGUUUUUGCUAUGAAAUCAGAGGGUGUAGAAUCCGAAAAACCUACAUCAGAAGUUAAAAUUUAUAGUGGCAUGGCAUACUUAAACGAUCACAACAUUGAAAAAUUUGUAUCUGAAGGACAGCACUUUGUUAUGUUUUAUGCUCCAUGGUGCAAAGCAUCUCAGCGUUUAGCUCCUAAAUGGGCAGAGUUAGCAGUUCACUAUGCACAUAAUGAAUACAUACAAAUAGGACGAGUGAAUUGCAUGGAAAAUGAAAUGACUUGUAAGAACUUUGACAUCAAACAAUAUCCUUUCUUGCUCUGGAUUGUCAAUGGAAGAAUAAUGGGUCGAGCAGAGGAAGAAACAUUUGAGGAACUCAAGGCCUAUGUAGAAAGGAUGUUGCUGACUGAAAAUCAUGAUCCAGAUAAGUUUAUGAAGAAGAAGAAAGCUCUCCCUGUUGCCAGGAUAUCUGAAGAAACAUUUGAAACCUUUUUGGAGAAGGAUUUAGUUUUCAUUAAUUACUUUGCUCCUUGGUGCGCCCAUUGUAUGCAAUUAAACCCACUCUGGAUUAAAUUAGGUGAAAAAUUUCAAAACGAAAGUCGUGUUAUAAUCGCUGAUAUUGACUGUGUACGAUCAAAAACAAUAUGUGAAAUGGAAAAGAUAAAUGGUCUGCCCACAUUAAUUCUUUAUAAAAAUAAGAAGGUGGUAAGUGUGGAUCAUGGAGGACGGCCAUUAGAAAGCCUAAUAGCAUUGGUGAAUGAACAUCUUGAAGAUUCAACUGCCCCAACUCCAGAAGAAAAUGUGACACGAGAAGAGUUACCACCAAAAGAUGAACUGUAAAUAAUGUUUAGGUAGAAGAAUAAAGAAAUAUUUAAAAAAAAAACAUGUAUAUAUAAUUGUCAAA